CUUUCCUUCUCCAUCCCCCAAGCCUUCCACAUCACCAGAAUAAGUAUUUAGAAACUAGUUAAUCAUGGCUGCUUUCUAAAUCUCGUUCUACUUCGGUCUCCUGCGCUCUAUCUCAAUCAACAAGCACUCUACUUAAGCUCUUAGCUUAGGAACCCCCCCCGUUUCCCCUAGCAACUCGCAUUGUCUGGUCAGCAUUAUCUGCUAACCCCCUCCAACUACCGUCACCCGUCAUGGCUUCCCUCUCAGAAUAUUUGCGACUUAAACAGUCAGCAUCAACACAAACUACUCUACCUUCAGCAACUGUUCUCUCAGCAGCACAGUCUCUUUACUCCCCCUUCCGGUGCAGCGUUUGAUAUCGCCACUUUGCAGUUUCUCCAGAGUUCUGGUUAUCCUUCUUCUAUCCCUCAACAACUGCCUACCUCUUUCCCUGUUCCCAUCGAGCAUUCAAACAUGGUUCUCGCUACGAAACAAGAAUUCGAUUCCGAUCUCCUCCUCCUCCCCGGAUUUGAUCAUCAGAAAGACAGCCAGUCGGCUAUCUUCGAUGAUUCGGGUGCGUUCCCUGAUAUCGUGUCUAUCCCCGUCGACGACGUGAUCUCAGACGAAUCCUCCCGCCGGUCCUCCGUCUUCUCUACCCCCCAGUUCGCGACCAUCUCCCCCGACGACAUCUUCGCGACUGGGACCCCUUCCCUGGAGUCUUCCAGCAUAUUUCCUUCUCCUUUCGACUCUCCUGAUGAUGCUUUUGAGAGUUCUCCGAUGUUCGAUUCCCACGAUCUUGGAAACCCCGACCAGUGGCCUUCGCUAUUUGGUGGUGAUUCCAAGUCGAAGGUUGAAUCUACAUCGCAGAAGCCUCUCUCGACUCAGCAGGAGCUCCCCCCUUCGAAGGACCUUGCUCGCUCUCUCUCUGUUCAGUCUUUUGCUUCUGAUUGCCAGUCCAGAGAUGAGCGAUCGGCUUCUCCCGAAGGAGUUAUCGUUGCUUCCGAUGGUUCUGUCGUUGGUAUCUCUGAGCGCAAGCGCAAGCGCGUUACCUCUCAGUCGUAUGCUCGCAGACCUCGGACUGAGCCUCUUCCUCCUAUUGUUGUCGGCGACGCUGAGGACAGUGUUGCUGUGAAGAGAGCCAGAAACACUUUGGCUGCUCGUCGUUCGCGAGAAAGAAAAAUGUUGCGUCUGACUGAUUUAGAAGUACAAGUCGAUGGCUUGGUUGCUGAGCGUGAUCAAGCAUUGAAGCGUGUUUCUGAAUUGGAAGAGGAAUUGAGAAGACUGCGUGGGUUGUGAAAAAAAAAUCGUGUUUUUUGUUAGGAUGGGUUGGCAAAAGUCUUUUAUCUAGUUCUUGCUGUGGAUAUGUGAAUCGUUACGAUUCAGUUUUAUUUUUAUUAGGCUCAAGAUUGGUACACAAAAGUGAGAUUUCGUUGUUUUUCUGUUUUAAUAAUUUUGUUUUAGAUCUGUGAUUUAUUGCUACAGUCAUAAAAUCAAGUUCCUUGUCACUUUGUUAUAAUGAUAUUUCUAUUCUAUACAA